AUGGUUGGAAACCGGAUCCUCAGGUUCAGGAUCCAGGUCAGCGACACAAAGGACCGUUUCUCAGAACUCGGCCUUUCAUCUCAGCCUUAUACCUUCCACUGGAGCCUCCUGUUUCAUCUCAGCCUUCUCUACCUUCCACUGGAGCCUCCUGUUUCAUCUCAGCCUUCUCUACCUUCCACUGGAGCCACCUGUUUCAUCUCAGCCUUCUGUACCUUCCACUGGAGCCACCUGUUUCAUCUCAGCCUUCUGUAUCUUCCACUGGAGCCUCCUGUUUCAUCUCAGCCUUCUGUACCUUCCACUGGAGCCUCCUGUUUCAUCUCAGCCUUCUGUAUCUUCCACUGGAGCCUCCUGUUUCAUCUCAGCCUUCUGUACCUUCCACUGGAGCCUCCUGUUUCAUCUCAGCCUUCUGUACCUUCCACUGGAGCCUCCUGUUUCAUCUCAGCCUUCUGUACCUUCCACUGGAGCCUCCUGUUUCAUCUCAGCCUUCUGUAUCUUCCACUGGAGCCUCCUGUUUCAUCUCAGCCUUCUGUACCUUCCACUGGAGCCUCCUGUUUCAUCUCAGCCUUCUGUGCCUUCCACUGGAGCCUCCUGUUUCAUCUCAGCCUUCUGUACCUUCCACUGGAGCCACCUGCUUCAUCUCAGCCUUCUGUACCUUCCACUGGAGCCUCCUGCUUCAUCUCAGCCUUCUGUACCUUCCACUGGAGCCUCCUGUUUCAUCUCAGCCUUCUGUACCUUCCACUGGAGCCUCCUGUUUCAUCUCAGCCUUCUGUACCUUCCACUGGAGCCUCCUGUUUCAUCUCAGCCUUCUGUACCUUCCACUGGAGCCUCCUGUUUCAUCUCAGCCUUCUGUACCUUCCACUGGAGCCACCUGUUUCAUCUCAGCCUUCUGUACCUUCCACUGGAGCCUCCUGUUUCAUCUCAACCUUCUGUACCUUCCACUGGAGCCUCGUGUUUCAUCUCAGCCUUCUGUACCUUCCACUGGAGCCUCCUGUUUCAUCUCAGCCUUCUGUGCCUUCCACUGGAGCCUCCUGUUUCAUCUCAGCCUUCUGUACCUUCCACUGGAGCCUCCUGCUUCAUCUCAGCCUUCUGUACCUUCCACUGGAGCCUCCUGUUUCAUCUCAGCCUUCUGUACCUUCCACUGGAGCCACCUGUUUCAUCUCAGCCUUCUGUACCUUCCACUGGAGCCUCCUGUUUCAUCUCAACCUUCUGUACCUUCCACUGGAGCCUCCUGUUUCAUCUCAGCCUUCUGUACCUUCCACUGGAGCCUCCUGUUUCAUCUCAACCUUCUGUACCUUCCACUGGAGCCUCGUGUUUCAUCUCAGCCUUCUGUACCUUCCACUGGAGCCACCUGUUCAUAGUUAUCGACCGGAGCCAAAGAUAGACCCACAUCUGCAAUCUGAGAACCCCCACCGCCUCCGCUGCAGCCCGGACCCGUCAGGCCGGACCCGCCAGGCUCAUCCAGUGCUUAUCAACCAGUGGGCCAUGGGCUGUUAG